UUACCAAGGUGAGGUUGAGAGCAUCUUCCAAAAGAGAGAGUGUUUGUGUGUGUGAGAGAGAGUGAGUGUGAGUGAGAGAAGAAAAAAAAAAUUGAGAGAUUAAAAUUUGAGUGAAAUUAGGGUUUAUUCUCUUCUUGCUUUCUUUGCUUCGUUUCAUCUUCAAACCAAAAGAAAAAAACUCUUCCAUGUCCUGUCUAUUCAUCAGUCGUCUUUCUUGAGAAAACACAAAUCACGAUUUUCUUAUGAAGUGUUGCUUUAUGAGUUUAUAUUUUGCCAAAACUCAUCUAAAACGACAAACUUUUGUUUAAAAUUGUAUUUGAAAAGUGUUUUCAAGAAAACGAUAUCCAUCAAAAAUAUUAUGAUUUUUUCUGUCAAUUAAUAUUCUUUCAUUCUUUUAUAGAGUUGAUCAACUUCAUGGGCAUUUUUUAGUUCCCUCAAGUUUUGAUCCUCUUAUUUUAUUUCUUUUUUUGUUGAUAAAUUUAUUUUAGUUUUGAUCUAUGGAGGUUGCUUAUUUCAAACCUCGUUGAUCACUUUUAUUUCUGUAUAAACCAAAAAACCAGUCUUUGAAUUUUUUCUAAAAAGACAGGUUUUAUUUCUUCAACCAUUUUUUAAUUAUAAUUUUAUAUAAUCUUGUUUUUUGUAGUACAUUUUUUUUUGUAUUUCAGGAAACUCCGAUGGCGGAUCUCUUCGGUGGUGGCCACGGCGGCGAGCUUAUGGAAGCACUUCAACCUUUUUACAAAAGUGCUUCCACGUCUGCUUCAAAUCCUGCGUUUGCGUCCUCAAACGAUGCGUUUGCGUCUGCCCCAAACGACCUAUUUUCUUCUUCUUCUUACUAUAAUCCUCAUGCAUCUUUAUUCCCUUCACAUUCCACAACCUCUUACCCGGAUAUUUAUUCUGGAUCCAUGACCUAUCCAUCUUCAUUCGGGUCGGAUCUUCAACAACCCGAAAACUACCAAUCUCAGUUCCAUUACCAAAACACUAUCACUUACACUCACCAAGACAACAACACUUGCAUGCUUAACUUCAUUGAGCCGAGCCAACCGGGUUUUAUGACCCAACCGGGUCCGAGUUCGGGUUCGGUUUCAAAACCGGCUAAGCUCUAUAGAGGAGUGAGGCAAAGACAUUGGGGAAAAUGGGUCGCGGAGAUCCGUUUACCCAGGAACCGAACCCGACUUUGGCUCGGAACAUUCGACACGGCUGAAGAAGCCGCGUUGGCUUAUGAUCGCGCCGCGUUUAAGCUUCGUGGUGACUCGGCUCGGCUUAACUUCCCAGCUCUCCGAUACCAAACCGGCUCGUCUCCGUCUGAUACCGGCGAAUAUGGUCCUAUUCAAGCUGCCGUAGACGCUAAACUAGAAGCCAUAUUAGCUGAGCCGAAGAAUCAGCCGGGCAAAACGGAGAGGACGUCGAGGAAACGAGCUAAAGCCGCGGCUUCUUCAGCUGAGCAGCCGUCAGCGCCACAACAACAUUCCGGGUCGGGUGAAAGUGAUGGGUCGGGUUCACCGACUUCGGAUGUUAUGGUGCAGGAGAUGUGCCAAGAGCCAGAGAUGCCAUGGAAUGAAAAUUUCAUGCUCGGCAAGUGUCCUUCUUAUGAGAUAGAUUGGGCUUCAAUUUUAUCGUGAAAAAUUAGGAUUCAAUUCAUUUUUAUUCAUUUUAACUUGUUUGUAUUUUCUUUUAAACUUUAGGGUUAUUAGCUGUGCGUAAAAUUUGUAAUUUAGCAUUUUGUAUGAAUGUAAUGCAAGUGUGUAAAUUAUGGACAGCUCAAGCUUUUUUGUUCAUGCCGUACCAUGUAGACCCUUCUUCUUUUCUCUUAAUUGAAAUGAAUAUGGUUAGUAUUACUACUA